UUCAUUGUUUUAGAGGGAAAAAAGAGGUUUGUUUGCGCUAACAGGAUGUCACUUGGCAUGCUAAAUAACACUGAAUUAUCUUCAUUCGUGGUUUGUUGUGAAAAUGAGUGAGGCUCAAGUUUCUCUAGCUACCAGGCUAAGUGUAAACAGCUAAACUGCUAGCUCACGGUACCUAGGACAAUAUACGCUAGCCUGCUAGCUAACUAACGUUAGUUAAUGUUGCACAAACACAUACAGUCUGUGUGUAGGAUUAGAUUUUAUGGGAAAUCUGCUGCAGUAUCCGUGAGAACCUGCAAACUACGUACUUCGUUCAAGACAUACAUGUCUUGAAGUUGAAUAAAACAGCUUUGGUUAAUGCUGGCCUUUUUAGCUUGGAGUUUAAAGUCAGAAGGCAGCUACUUGGGCAGGCAGCAUUUGCACACUCCUAAGAUAAAGACUUUUACAUUUGAAAGAAAGUGCUCAGGUCCCAAAGAUGUAUCGUCCUAAACCGACCCUGAAAGACAGGCAGCACUUGUAUAAGCUGAUCAUCAGCCAGCUGCUGUAUGACGGUUACACCAACAUCGCCAACAGCCUCAUAAAUGAAGUGAAGCCGCAGAGUGUGGUGUCUCCAUCUGAGCAGCUUAUGCAGCUCGCCAAGAUCGGAAUGGAGAAUGAUGACAGCGCAGUGCAGUAUGCUAUUGGACGUUCAGACACGGUGGCUCCUGGUGUGGGCAUUGACCUUGAGUUUGAUGCUGACGUGCAGACCAUGUCUCCAGAGGCCUCGGAGUACGAGACGUGUUAUGUGACAUCACACAAAGGGCCGUGUCGUGUGGCCACGUACAGCCGAGACGGACAGCUCAUUGCCACUGGCUCUGCAGACGCCUCUAUUAAAAUCCUGGACACAGAACGUAUGCUGGCCAAGAGCGCAAUGCCCCUGGAGGUGAUGAUGAACGAGACAGCACAGCAGAACAUGGAGAAUCACCCGGUUAUCCGAACUCUGUAUGACCAUGUAGACGAGGUCACCUGCCUGGCCUUCCACCCCACCGAGCAGAUCCUGGCCUCGGGAUCCCGCGAUUACACACUCAAACUGUUUGACUACUCCAAGCCCUCGGCAAAAAGAGCUUUCAAAUACAUCCAGGAAGCAGAAAUGCUGCGCUCCAUCUCCUUCCACCCGUCAGGAGAUUACUUGCUGGUGGGCACACAGCAUCCAACACUGCGCCUUUACGAUGUCAAUACGUUCCAGUGUUUUGUGUCGUGCAACCCUCUGGAUCAGCACACUGAUGCCAUCUGCAGUGUGAGCUACAACCCAGGAGCCAACACCUACGUCACGUGCAGCAAGGACGGCAGCAUCAAGCUGUGGGACGGCAUCUCCAACCGAUGCGUGUCCACAUUCGAGAAGGCGCAUGAUGGGGCUGAGGUCUGCUCGGCCGUCUUCUCCAAAAACUCAAAGUACAUUCUGUCCAGCGGCAAGGACUCUGUGGCCAAGCUGUGGGAGAUCUCCACUGGUCGCACACUGGUCAAGUACACGGGAGCAGGACUGAGUGGCCGUCAGACGCACCGCACGCAGGGUGUUUUUAACCACACCGAGGACUACGUGCUGCUGCCGGACGAGCGGACGGUCAGCCUGUGCUGUUGGGACUCGCGUACAGCCGAGCGGAAGAACCUGCUCUCACUUGGCCAUAAUAAUAUUGUGCGCUGCAUCGUGCACUCUCCCACUAACCCGGGCUUCAUGACGUGCAGUGACGACUUCCGUGCCCGCUUCUGGUACCGCCGGACAACCACCGACUGAGCAGCCAUUGGGCUGUACAUGAGUUCCAGGUCUGUGUGUAGAAAAUGCUUAGACAUACCAUAAGUGGUUUAACAGGUAACGUGGUCUCAGAGGUAUCAGGACUGUAGAUGUUGUGUCUGAACAUCACCUCUAGAGAGCACCAUUGUACUCUGAGGAACUUGCAGAGGAACUUUUUUUUUUUUUUUAAGCUGUCCAUGUCAGCCAUUUGAGCUUUAUUGAAGUUGUGUCCUGUGUGGUAUGACACGAGAUCUUUGUGAGGGAGAAAUGAAUUUGUCACUUUCUCAGUUAAUGUUUGAUACAUUGGAUGUUUUUUAUUAUUUUUUUUUUUAUAUAAAAGAAAUAAAUUGUUUCCAUUGUAAAUCAAAUAUCUAGUGAAAGCAAAUCAACAGGUAAUAAAAAUGAUGUAUUGUAGCAUCAUAUAGUUUCUUUUUUUUUUUUAAACUAAGAGUGGGGGAAAACAGGGAUGAUGCAUAAUAUAAGUUCUGAAAGAGCUAUUACAUCCCUCAUAAUGUCACUGUAACAAUCUCAGAGAGCACAUCUGAGAGAAACAAAAUGGUGAAAAUGGUCAGCUAAAAUGUACCUGAUUGUAAACCUUAAGUAAAAUGCUUAUGUUGCAAAACUCAGCUGUGAAUAAAAUGAAAUGCUAUUUUAAAUAACAAA